CCCCCAGUAGACCCAUUCCCUAUUUCAUGAUGCUCCUCAUGGCUCCUCCCUCCCAGGCACCACGGCAAGCCAUGGGCUCUCGCCGUCGUUCGACCACCGCCCUAGCCCUGGCGUCAUUGCUAUGCCUCUACCACGCGCCGCGCGGGGCCUUCUCGCUCUCCUUCAGCCUCGACUUCUCCGACGCCGGUGCCGGUUCGUCGAUCAUCGUGGGCGGCGACGCACUCAUCAGACCACCAACUCUCCAGCUGACGAAAAACAGCCGGGCGUCGUACCGGCACAAGGUGCCGCUGUGGAACGGCGCCACCGGCGAGGUGGCUAGCUUCGCCACCGCCUUCUCAUUCCAGAUCACCCCGGACAAGGACAGCCCGCCGCAGCAGCCAGGCGAUAGGAUGGCCUUCUUCCUCGGCCAUUUCCCUUCCGUGGACGUCCCGCGCAGCAGCAGCAGCGGCCUCCGCCUCGGCCCGGCCAUCGUGGCGGUGGAGUUCGACACUUUCCUCAACCAUUUCCGCAUCGACAUCAGCUCCGCCAACUCCACGGCCUCCGCGCACACGACGGCGGCAUGGCCAGGCAAGAACCUCACGACGUCCAGUGUCAUGGAGGCCACCGUGAAAUACCAGAGCGACUCCAGGAUGCUGGCCGUUGCUCUCCUCAUCGACGGUGCCCUGUACCAGGUCAAUGCAACCGUUGAUCUGCGCAGAAAUCUGCCGGAGGAGGUCGCGGUCGGCUUCUCCGCCGCCACCUUUGCCGGGAUGCACGGGAUACUGUCGUGGUCGUUCGGUUCCACUCUGCCGGAGUCCAAGCAGGAGGCAUCUCCUCAGCCUGCUGAACCUCCUCUCCCAACCAGCAGCUACGACCACAAGAAGAUAGCAUUGGUCACGACGAGGUGUGUCCGAAUCGGAUUUCAGUUUCGGUUCAAGGCAUCACCGGGCCGUGUUACCUUGGCUGUCCUAGCAUAGUAUUUUACAUGCAUGUGAAGAACCGCUGUAAAAAUGCCCGCGGGAAAUAGAGAAAGAAACAAAAGAGUUUUAUUUUGAAGUUAUACAUCACCCUCGGCAUACUGAAUUGUGUGGAUCACGGCUUUUGGCAUGCCAUAAGCAUUAAUCAUUUGAUGCCAACUUGGGAGGAUGCGAUUUGAAUAAUUUGUGAGCUUUUAUGAUGCAUCAUUAAUCAAUGGGUGACCACUGCAAUUGAUACUGCA